AUGGUUUUCUGGGAAGGGUACCUCAGUGACGAAUCGAUGGGUACUUUUGCCCCCAUCGCUGUGUACUGGAUCUACGCGGGCAUGUAUCAGCUCUUACCACCUUUGGACAGCUACCGGUUGCACACAAGAAAAGAGGAAGAACAGAGGAAUCUUGUUUCAAUGUCUUCGGUUGUGAAGGGCGUCCUCCUUCAGCAGCUCGUUCAAGCCUCUGUAGCUGAAUUGCUGUUCUUGGUGAGUACCCAUUCUUCCUACCCGAUGAUGGAUAAUAGUUCAUCAGUAAUUGGACUAUAUUAUCAUAAAUAUAUCAUAAAUUCUUCAAAAUCAUAUUUUUAAGAUCGGUAGAGUUGUAGCUGUUGACUUCUGGAAAAUAAAUUCAAAUAAUUCACCUGUUGUGGUGUCAUUUUUCUUCUCGUAUGCACCUUGAUUUUACUGUUUACGUUCAAAUCAUGCAAAAACAAACUGCGACAGCCAGCCCAGAACUUUGGGAGUAGAAGGUUGUGUAAUGAGAUAUCAAGACGAUUUUCCAAUGACAUAUGUAAUAAGAGGCAUAACGUUGGUAUAAAGCUUGGAACCCAGCAAUGGGCUGAGAUGUAUGUGUCCUAGAAAUGUGAAUGACGAUAGAUAAAGCCUUUCUGAACCAGUUGAGUUCACAAUGAUCGUCUUAUUUUCAGAGUACAUCUGCAUUAAGUCAGCGUUCUUCCAUUUCAUUCUCUCUGAACGCAAAUACUACAUUUUUUCGCCUUACAUAUAUAUAUAUAUAUAUAUAUAUAUAUAUCUGUCUAGGAAAGUAAAAUAUUUCUCAAAAGAAUGUAACUGUUAACAUGAUGCAUAUCGUGAAUUAACAAUCAAAGCCUUGUAUUGUGUUGAAGAAGCAGGGUCGAUUAAGAUUUACAUAUCUGAUAUUUAUAUAUAUAUAUAUAUCAUUGAACAUCGACAUUGCAUCUUUUCGAACAUAUGAACCCAGCAGUGAAACUAGAGCACAUUGAGAUCUAUUCCAUGAUACUGCUUCAGGAUUCUAGCACAGUGCAAUUAGGGUUUUUUGAAACAAAAAUAUUAAGGGCAAGGGUGCACAAACACCUUUCCUUAAGAUUUGCUUUGGCAUAUGCUGUCUCUGGUGUCUUAGGAAUAUGGGACCUUGCUUGCAUUCACCCUGCGCCUGGUACUCAGGUGCCAUAUACUUGCUAGAAUUCUGUCAGUUCCAGUACAACACUCGACACUAAUCAGGUGCCAUAUACUUGCUAGAAGAACUAGUAGAGAAGGAACAUACAUAGAAUUCUUGCCCAUAUAUGUCCUUAUUGUUGCCUUACAACGCAGGCAACAACAAAAGCCGAUUCAGCUGGGGCCCCGGAACAACCGUCCGUUCUAGUUCAGUUUAUGCAGAUAUUAGUGGCCAUGCUGGUAAUGGACACAUGGCAGUAUUUCGUGCACCGUUACAUGCACCAGAACCAGUUUCUCUACCGCCAUGUGCACUCCCAGCAUCACAGACUGGUUGUUCCCUACGCUAUCGGAGCUCUUUACAACCACCCCCUGGAGGGUCUUCUGUUGGACACCUUUGGGGGGGCAAUCUCAUUUCUCAUCACGGGGAUGACGGCGAGGACGGCGGUGAUCUUCUUCUGUUUUGCAGUGAUCAAGACAGUUGACGACCAUUGUGGUCUCUGCCUGCCUGGAAAUGUUUUCCAUCUCUUUUUCCAGAAUAACACUGCAUACCAUGACAUCCACCAUCAGCUCCAAGGCACCAAGUAUAAUUACUCUCAACCAUUUUUCCUUGUUUGGGAUAAAAUUUUCGGAACCCACAUGGCAUAUAACUUGGUGAAGCGCCCUGAAGGUGGAUAUGAGGCCAGGCCAGCUAAAGAUUAG